AUGGUAGUCGAGCUGUCCUCUCUUCUGCAGGCUAAAUUUGACACAGCAGCAGCUGAGGUGAAGCAGCUGAAGGCGAAGCCGGCAGAUGAGGAGAUGCUGCAGGUCUACUCCCUGUUCAAGCAGGCCUCUGUGGGCGAUGUCAACACAGAUCGUCCAGGGAUGUUUGACUUCACUGGGAAAGCUAAAUGGGACGCCUGGGAGAAGCAGAAAGGUACACGUUGAGUCAUGUAGAUGGUUCUGUCCUUAAAGUCUUUUCCUUCACAAGGGAGACUUUAUUGAUACCAAUGCCAUUAUUGAUUCUGCUU